AUGGACACUUGCCAGGCGCAGGGAAGACCUGACCUCUAUGGGCUCGGUAUUCGCAUCGCCUUUUACCUGCCGUGGUUUGGUGCCAUCACUGCGGAAUAUCUCGAAGUCUCCUACCAUUCUGAUGUGCGAUUGCUCGGCCUCCUCCUCUCAGCAGCCACUUUCCUGGGUCUCGUCGUAAGCCAGUCGGCCGCCGCUCUGCAGCCUGUCGACUUGUACAUCACGUACUUAUUGGCGAUGGGACUCUACAUCCCACUGAUCCCAUUCUACGCUCGGAAGGCUCUGACACUAUGCGACCGCUACUGGGACCCGUUGCGAUGGCCGAAGGAGAGAAUGAGCCCGGCCUCCAAGGCCAUGAGCUUCGUCCUACUUGUCGCGCUCGCUUCCCUCGGGAUCUGGUAUUGGGCAUCCUAUGUCCCCGAUCACGACUGCGCCCCCCAGCAGUCCGGGUUUCUCUUCAGCCCCGUGUCUUUGGGAAACAGGGCCUAUAUUGCCUUCAAUGCCAUUCUAUACGUCGUCAUCCUGUUGGUGUGUGCCGGCAUUCUGCUGCACAAGGCCGGCUGCAGGGUCAAGAUCUGGGCUGUUAGGUCCCGCCGCCACCGCCGCCGCCAUAUCCGUCAAUCCCAUGUUCGGAACCUUCGGAUCUUCAGCAAUCUAGUCACUGUCACUGUUCUCACAGCCGCAGUUGAGCUCACCGUCGUAUGGAAUGACAUCUCCUCAGCCAACGAUUUGACCAAUGCCGCGCAGACUAUCCCUUUGUUCAUAUCUAUCGGGUUUGUAACUCGGGCUAUAUUCAUGCACUUUGCGGAGGCCGAGGUUGGUUCGGACGACUCUUCGGAUUCCGAUGAUGGCGAGGCCUCUGGGAUAUCCCGGAGCAGUGCGAUGGCAGAGUCACAUCCAUCAGGACCGAUUAUUCCACCGCCGCCCCCAGCUCAUACUGGAUAACCGGAUUUGGCCGUUGGGUUUUUCUUUUCUUGUUGUUGUUCCUGUCGUGGCUAUGGAAGAACUUAGCUUCUUAUAAUAUAAGCGCAUUGCUUCUCAG